AUGGAAUCAUCGCAGUUCAUAAAUCAAACGCGUCUGUCAAAGAAGCAGCUGCAAUUGCAUGUGCAACAGCAACAACAAAAUCAAAAUAAAUAUUUUCUUGACAGUACACACGAUAAUAAUUAUCAUAUUCAGCAGCAACAGCAACGAUGUCAAUAUUAUCCAUCCACAUCUCCAAUACCUCAUUUUCCAGGACCUCCAAUGUCAAUAGAUUAUCCACAAAAUGCUCAAUGCAUCUUCGAACAACCUCAACAACAGCAACAUUCACAGAAAAUAUCAAGUCCAACUCAUCGACUAGCCAGCAUAAAGAAAUUUCAUCAAUCAGAUCCCAAUAGCAUUGAAGUAUGUAUUGAUUAUGAGAAUCAUCAUAACAAUGUAGGCGUUGUUGGCAGUAGUAAGGCAUCAUCGUGGAACCGAAAUAACAUAACCGCAACGAUGGAAAAAUAUGAACCAACGGUAAAACAUAGCAGCAAUUCGAAUCACAAUCAUCGGGGUCAUGUGACAAUGUCACAUCAUCAAAAUAGAAAUAAUAGUAGUAAUAUUAACAAUAAUAGUAAUAAGCCAAACCAUCAAUUCACAUCAGCAAAAAUGCACGAUGACUAUUUAAAUGAAAUUCAUCAUUUAGAUUAUGCGUAUGCCUAUUAUGAGCCGGGAGUAGCAAUGAGACAUCAAAACAUACCGGAUUAUUAUGAAGAAGCCGGUCCGUCUCGUGCACCACCGCCAAACUCAAUACGUGCACUACUCUCAACGGCACGACGCAAUCAUAUGCAACGGACAAGUGGUAAAUACGCAAUACAAACAACAAAUACAUCACAACGCAGUCAAGAGAAUGUGUAUGAAGAGAUUCGUGAUAGUGAAAAGAGAAGAAUGAGAACUGGCGAUUCAAUUGUAUCAUUAAAUCAAAAUAUGGUUGAGGAGGAGUUUCGACGUGUUCAUAAUCGUCAUCAGCGUGUUUUAGGUGAAUUAAAUCUUGAUGUUGAAGAGAUGCUCAUGCCAGCGAGUAUACCACAAUCAACGGCUGUUAAUUUUAUACCAACAACCCCAAUGCUCGAUCCCUCCGAUCCGAUGGAUUUUUUAGGGAACGGCGAGGUGAACGAUGGAUCAAAUGGUGCUGGAAGUAAUGAUAAUAUUAUUAAUAAUAGUCGAAGUAACUACAGUAAUAAUGUUAAUAAUAAUAUAGAUCUUGAUAGUGGAUUUAGUGGAUCUAACAGUAGUUACAUAGGUAGUUUACGUUACCAAAAGACAAAUGCUGCUGCCUUAAACAAUAGCACCAUUAAAACACCCACACAAUUGUCAAUCAGUCAUCAACAUACUGACAGUGGAUCGUCAUCAUUCUACGGUGGCUCAUCUGGCUCAACAACAGAAGCUACUGACGAAAUUGUCAUGACCUCACUGUGUCGUUCAUCCUCGUCUUUAUAUGAGAGUGGGAAAAAGUCAAAGACAUCAAAGUCAUCAUCAUCAUCACCAUCAGCAAUGAAAUUUAAUUCCACGGCAGUGCGUCAGGGCGUCAACGAUAAGAGCGAGCGCACCUCAUUCUGGAAAGUUAAAGGCCGGGGAUGGAUGAACAAAUUGCCAGGCUUUUCGAGUACAUCUAGCAUCAAUAAGAUUGGAAUGGGUAAGUAA